AUGGCCCCCCGAAUACUAUCACACAGCGACUAUACAGCGGCAUGGAUCUGCGCUUUGCCGCUGGAAACAGCAGCGGCGAAGGUCAUGUUGGAUGAAGUUCAUGCUUCAUUACCUCAACCAGAAACCGAUCACAACGUCUACACUCUCGGAACCGUCAGCUGCCACAAUGUGGUCAUGGCCUGCCUACCUUUGGGUGUAUACGGAACGAUAUCUGCUUCAACUGUAGUGUCGCACAUGGUUUCUACCUACCCGAAUAUCCGGUUUGGAUUGAUGGUCGGCAUUGGAGGGGGAGUUCCCAGCAAAAGUACUGACAUUCGCCUUGGUGAUGUCGUGGUUAGCAAGCCAACUGCUACCUCAGGCGGCGUUAUCCAGUAUGACUACGGCAAAACACUCAGUGGAGGACAUUUUCAGCGCACUGGAUCUCUCAACAAACCUCAUCCAAUCUUGUUAAAGGCUGUGGCUCAAUUGGAGAGUGACCGUAUGACUGGAAAGAACCUAGUCAGCAAAAGCAUAGGUGAUGUACUGCAGAAAGAAGAAACCAGAAGGAAGUUCUCCCGACCAGAAUGCGACUGGCUGUUCCAAUCGACAUAUGACCACAAGGCGAACGAAGCAAACUGUUCAGCGUGUGAUCAGAAACAGCUAGUAGAUCGGCCUCCACGAACAACUGCUGAGCCUUACAUUCAUUACGGCUUGAUCGCUUCUGGAGAUCAGGUCAUAAAAGAUGCAAGGACUCGAGAUUUCAUUGUCCAAAAUGAAGACAUCCUCUGCUUUGAAAUGGAAGCUGCUGGUCUCAUGGAUGAACUCCCAUCCCUUGCCAUUCGAGGCAUCUGCGACUACUGUGAUUCCCACAAAAAUAAACAGUGGCAAGAAUAUGCAGCCCUUGCGGCUGCCGCCUACGCGAAGGCCCUCCUGUCACAGGUUCCUACUUCCUACUCCGGGAAGGAAUUAGGUGCAUCAAAGGAAUCAGUUUGGAUGGUCCCCUUUAGAAAGAACUCGCGAUUCGUGGGCCGGGAAGAAGAAAUCAGCAAAAUUGAAGGAUUGAUCAUGCAACAGGACAGUCCAGGCAGGAUUGCUAUCUGCGGACUAGGCGGAGUUGGAAAGACCCAAAUCGCGCUUGAAUUGGCAUACCGCAUGCGAAAUCGAGAUCCUGAAUGCUUGAUUUUGUGGAUCUCAUGCACCAGCUAUGAGAGCGUGGAGCAGGCUUAUAUGAGCAUCGCAUUAAAGCUUGGAAUCACGGACCCAAAGCCGGCAGAGGUCAAACAACAGCUCAAGGCUUAUCUUAGCCAGGAAAACACGGCGAGAUGGCUUCUCAUUUUUGAUAAUGCAGAUGAUAUGGAGAUGUGGACAAUGGCAGACUUUCUGCCUGAGAGCGAGCGAGGCCACAUUCUCUUCACCACGCGAAGCCGGCAGAUAGCCGUGAGAUUGGCGUCAUCUCAUGUGAUAAUGAUCUCUGAACCGGACACAGAGACUGCUGUUGAAAUCUUACGAAAGUCACUGAUUAAGACUGACUUGCUUAAUGAUCAUGAGGCAGCCAUUGCUCUCCUUAAAGAGCUUGUCUGUCUUCCACUAGCAAUCACCCAGGCGGCAGCGUAUAUCAAUGAAAAAGAUAUUAGACUUUCUGCAUACACCGCACUCUUACAUGAGAGUGAGCCAGAUGUGAUUGAGUUGCUGAGUGAAGACUUUGGGGACGAAGGGCGGUACAAAGAUAUCCAGAAUCCUGUUGCAACAACUUGGUGGAUUUCAUUCCAACAAAUUCAGCAGUUGAAUCCAACAGCAACUGACUAUCUAUUAUUCAUGGCCUGUAUCAACCCUCGCCACAUUCCGCAGACUUUGCUUCCCCAGACGACAUCGUUAAAGAAAAGGACCGAUGCCAUAGGUCUUCUUAAGGCCUUUUCAUUUGUAAAUGAGGAGGGCGAAGCCUGUUCUCUGAAUAUUCACCGACUCGUCCAUCUUACCACCCGGAAUUGGAUGAGGAAGAACCAGCUGUUCAGCCAGCAAAUUCUAAAAACGGCUGAUCAAGUAAGUGAAGCCUUUCCAGAUGAUGACCAUACUAAUCGGAAGCUGUGGCGGGAAUAUCUACCUCAUGUUCUUUCAUUAAUCGGAGAAAUUGAAUUUCGACAGGAGCAGGAGAGAUACGUUGAUAUGCUUGAGAAGAUUGGGGAUUGCCUUCACAGUGAUGGGAGAUAUAAGGCAGCAGAAGAACAGUUUUUGCGGGUGGUAAUGAUCCGGAAGCAGGUGCUGGGGCCAGAGCAUCCCAAGACUCUGACUAGCAUGACUAACAUGACAGUAACAUACUGCAGUCAGGGACGAUGGAAGGAAGCAGAGAAGCUAGAAGUGGAAGUAUUGAAGGUGUGUAAUCAGGUACUAGGGCCAGAGCAUCCUUCUACUCUGGCCAACAUGGCUAUUUUGACAACAACAUACUCGAGUCAGGGACGGUGGAAGGAGGCAGAGGAGCUGGGGUUAGAAUUGAUAAGGAUGCGCAAAGAGGUGCUAGGGCCAGAGCAUCCUAACACUCUAAAAAGCAUGGCCAACUUAGCAGCAAUAUAUGGAGGUCAGGGGCGAUGGAAGGAAGCAGAGAAGCUGCAGGUACAACAAAUAGAGAUAUGCAAACAGGCACUGGGGCCAGAGCAUCUCCUCACUCUGGCCAGCAUGGACAAGUCAGCGUCAUCAUACCGGAGCCAGGGACGAUGGAAGGAAGCAGAGAAGCUGCAGGUACAAGUAAUGGAGGUAUACAAACAAGUGCUAGGGCCAGAGCAUCCUGACACUCUAAAAAGCAUGGCCAACUUAGCAACAACAUAUGGGGAUCAGGGACGAUGCAAGGAAGCAGAGGAGCUAAAUAUGGAAGUGAUGAGGAUCCAGAAACAAGUGCUAGGGCCAGAGCAUCCAGACACUCUGCUUAGCAUGGCUGACUUAGCAUGGACAUACUGGAACCUGGGACAACAAAAGGAAGCUGAGGAGCUGCAGGUGCAAGUAACAGAGAUGCACAAAAAGGUGCUGGGGCCAGAGCAUCCACACACUCUGAUCACCAUGUGCUGCUUGGCUUUCUUCUGGAAAUCCCAAGGGGAGGUUCCAGCCGCAUUGGCUCUCAUGGAACAAUGUGAUGCGCUCCUGAAGAAAGUCCUGGGACCAGGCCAUCCUAGUACCUUGGCCUCUAGCGCCCUCAGGAAGUGGAUAAAAGAGGACCGCCACUUCUCAGAUGAUCACCCGCUGCGACCUGAUCAGGCCGAGAGUGAUCACAUCCUGAGGCGAUCUGAGCGGCUGCGGCGGUCACUACACCUACAUAUGGAAAGGCACCAAAAGUGA